UUGGUCGGUCUAGAACUGUACUAGACCAAUCUUGAGGGGGCUUCUAGAACCUUGCGAGGCUCGUAGAUUUUAGCUCUGAUUCAUGACUUGCUAAUUUCCUUCUCUUCCCUUACGCCUUUGAGCUCUGUUGCUCCCCAAUCACACGGCUCCUUGCUCCUUCUGCAACGCUGCUUCUUCGGCGCACUCCGCCUAACUCGGCUCUACUCAUACUUUCCAUCAGCUUAAUUUGUAGCUUCUAGAAGAAAAGUCGGUUCGUUAUAUUGUUCAUUCUUCGCUGCAGCAGUCAAAGCUGAGAUCUGGAAGCUGUGACUCGCAUAUCCCAAGCACGCAGCUCGCUUACGUUGGAUCGGGAACGAUGCUUUGCGAGCAGCGAUUUGCCCGGCCUUUUCUGGACGCGCAUCGGGAUUACAAGGAGCCGAUUGGUGAGGUUCCAGCGGUGUGCGCCACGCUGCCGGUAGCUCUGGUCCCUGUCGCCGCUGCCUUCGAGAACCUACCGCCGUGCGAGGAACCCACUUUCGGCACGCGACAGGAUCUCGCCACGUGUCAAAUCGAACGGUUCACAGUGGAGGAUGGGGCUAUUCAAGAUGGCGUUAUUCUAGGGCCACCUCCAGCCGCACAUCCUGGGAGGGUUGGGGACGGAUCCGCCUCCGCUUCGCCAUGCCUGGUCUGCGGCGAGGACGAGGACGAAAACACGGUACUCUGCGAUUUGUGUUUCGCGAGUUACCACGUCGGUUGUCUCGCGACGGCUGGCGAAGGGGAGGUCCACGUGGACAAGGACGGCGAGUGGGUGUGCGAUCUGUGCGACGUGGAGGAGAAGCGGAAAGGGACGGUGGUGGUGGUGUGGGCCGACGAGUGCGCGGCGAACAGACGGACGGCGAUCCAAGAGCCGGGAGAGAAUGUACGGUUAGAUGUUGAGCAGCAGGAAGGGGACGGUGAGGAUGGCGAUGUGGUUCUACUGGAACCUGAUGUAUGCAUAGGCAACGAUGGUGCUGAUGCUGAUGCUGAUGCUGAUGGUGAUGAUGGCGAUGUUGUGGUUCUAGUACCGCGAGAGGAGGAGGAGGAGGAGGAGAGGCGAGAAGGCACAAGAAGCGGAAGGGACAGGCGAGGCAGCGGUGGGAAAAGCAACGGCGGCGGCAGCAACAGUAACAGCAACGGAAAGGGCAACAGCAAGAGCAAUAACGAGGAGCCGUGGUUGCAGAAUUUCGAGAAGCGAGGCAGGGCGGGUAGAGGAGACGGGAACGAUAGUAAUGACAGCGUGGCGGAUCACAAGGGCCACUGGCUGCUGCAGAGGGCGUGGCUGUCGCCCGUGGGGUACACGCGCGUAGGACCCAUGUUCCAGGCCAGUGUACCGGAGUGGACGGGCCCGCCUUGUGUUUUUAACGGAGCUGGCGCUAGCAGGGAUGGGGAUGAGGACGCGCGGGAGUGCAAUCGAAGAUACGACGACGAUGAUGGAGCGCGGCCGCCCUUCGGCCACGAAGCCAAGUGGACGGAUGCGGAGCACCGAGCAGAGAUAAAUUCAUGGUCGCGAGCGCGCUCCUCUCGCUCGGCUGGCAACAGGAGAGCGGGCGCACAUCUAUCUGCAACCACUCGAACCUCUGACCGGACGUCCGACCGGGCGAGAGCAGCAGCAUCGCCAUACUCCUCUGUGCGCAUGUCUGAGCGCCUCCUCCGCCGCCGCUGCAGCCCUUAGAAUCUGAGGCUGCAGUCUGUAGGUGCAGCACUGCCUGCUUUCACACACGCAUCUGGCUGCUCGUCAGACCACGGUGAAGGAGAGCUGGAGCUCAUAUGGAAUCGCUUGGGGGCUGCCUUUCUGUACCUGCAGCAGCAGCAGCAGCAGCAGCAGCAGCAGCACUACAGCUUUGUGGUACCUGAAGUAUGUUUUGGGGUUUGAAACUGUGUCGGGGAGUGCGAAGCAGGGUCGAGGAAGCUGGGUCGGCAGUUACGAAGCAGGGCCGGGGAAGCAGGGUUGGGGAAGCAGAGUCGGAGAAGCAGGGUCAGGAAAUAUGAAGCAAGGCCACGGAAGCAGGGUCGGGGAAGCAGGGUUGGGGACACAGGGUUGGGGAAUACGAAGCAGGUUCGGGACCUGGAGCAGGGUUGCCGAAUACAAAGCAGGGUUGGGAAUACGAAGCAAGAUUGGCGUCUAUAAAGGAGGAUCGGUGAAUACGAGCCAGGCUUGGGACCUGGAGCAGGCAAAUGCAGGAUGGACCUGCCACUGACAGCAGCUGGUGUCAUGGUGAUGCUUUAACAGCUACAACAGGUGUCAAGCUGGCUACAAUACAACUGGCAGCAGCAACAAUAUUGCUCCGGCAGCCGUACGUACAAUUCCAGCAGUAGUUGUGUCGCCGGCUCAACUAACCCUGCUAACUCCACCCAUCUUGUACUAUUCUCUUUUGCUCUGCUGACGAGCUACUAUCAGCGUGUACUGCCGACAUACGGUACAAACAUAUGAUUUGUGGUGCAAUCGCUUUGCACUGGUUCGCUGCCACGCUUAUCUCUCUAUUUUCUGCAUGCACUUGUUUUCAUACUGAUAUGGGGU